AUGACUUCUUCGUUCAAGCUGGAUUUCCUUCCGGAGAUGAUGGUCGACGGCCGCUUGCUGGUCUCUGACAGAAUUAACGGCACAGCUAACAAGAUGAAUGGAGCUUUGGAUCAUUCAGACCAACCAGACCCAGAUGCCAUUAAGAUGUUUGUUGGACAGAUUCCCCGUUCGUGGUCAGAAAAAGAAUUAAAAGAACUUUUUGAGCCUUAUGGAGCUGUCUACCAGAUUAAUGUUCUCCGAGACAGAAGUCAGAAUCCUCCCCAAAGUAAAGGUUGUUGUUUCGUAACAUUUUAUACAAGAAAAGCUGCUCUUGAGGCACAGAAUGCACUGCACAAUAUUAAAACUUUACCUGGGAUGCAUCAUCCUAUUCAGAUGAAACCUGCAGAUAGUGAAAAGUCAAAUGCUGUGGAAGACAGAAAAUUGUUCAUAGGAAUGGUUUCGAAGAAGUGUAAUGAGAAUGAUAUCAGGGUGAUGUUUUCUCCGUUCGGCCAGAUAGAAGAAUGCCGAAUCCUUCGGGGACCAGAUGGGCUGAGCCGAGGCUGUGCGUUUGUCACAUUUUCUACAAGGGCAAUGGCACAGAAUGCAAUCAAAGCCAUGCACCAGUCUCAGACCAUGGAGGGCUGCUCUUCGCCAAUCGUGGUGAAGUUUGCUGACACCCAAAAGGACAAGGAGCAGCGGCGUUUGCAGCAGCAGUUGGCUCAGCAGAUGCAACAGCUCAAUACUGCCACUUGGGGAAACCUCACAGGUCUCGGAGGACUCACACCACAAUAUCUAGCUCUCCUGCAGCAAGCAACUUCCUCCAGUAACUUGGGUGCCUUCAGCGGCAUUCAGCAAAUGGCCGGCAUGAACGCUUUACAAUUACAGAACUUGGCAACUUUAGCAGCCGCAGCAGCCGCCGCCCAGACCUCAGCUACCACCACCAAUGCAAACCCUCUCUCCACAACGACUGGUGCUCUGGGAGCCCUCACAAGUCCCGUGGCUGCAUCAACUGCUAAUUCCACAGCUGGUGCGGCCAUGAAUUCUUUGACUUCUCUGGGUACUCUCCAAGGACUGGCUGGAGCCACUGUUGGACUGAACAAUAUUAAUGCACUAGCAGUUGCUCAAAUGCUCUCAGGUAUGGCGGCCCUGAACGGAGGACUCGGCGCAACAGGCCUGACGAACGGCACGGCCGGCACGAUGGACGCGCUCACCCAGGCCUACUCAGGAAUCCAGCAGUACGCGGCCGCCGCGCUGCCCACCCUCUACAGCCAGAGCCUGCUGCAGCAGCAGAGCGCCGCGGGCAGCCAGAAGGAAGGUCCAGAAGGGGCAAACCUCUUUAUUUACCACCUCCCCCAGGAGUUUGGAGACCAGGACAUUCUGCAAAUGUUCAUGCCUUUUGGAAAUGUUAUCUCUGCUAAAGUCUUCAUUGACAAACAGACCAAUUUGAGCAAGUGCUUUGGUUUUGUUAGCUAUGACAAUCCGGUCUCUGCACAAGCUGCUAUCCAGGCUAUGAACGGCUUUCAGAUUGGCAUGAAACGCUUGAAGGUUCAGCUGAAACGCUCCAAAAAUGACAGCAAACCUUACUGA